CUCGUCCUCUAAAUUAACCAUGGAACGAGGUUCCCACGCACUGCCCCCUGCCGUCGACUUUGCUCGGCUUUGCCAGGGCGAUGAACCUGGUCUUAAGGCGAUAAUACAAAAAUACGGUGCAUUCAAAAUAAAGAAUCAUGGGAUAUCCUUGUCCGCGAAGGAUCGCUGCUUCGCUUUUAGUAGAGAUUUCUUCGGUCAAUCCUGUGUCUCUAAAAGGAUGGAUCCCGCAUUUUCCAAGUUCGAAGGUGAAAAGGUCAAGGAAACGCGCAUCCCCAAAGAAAGCCUCUAUGUUAGCAAGAAUAAAUUAUACGAUUAUCCAGCCGUGCAAGGCCUAUCCAAGGAACUAGAGAGAAUCACGCCUGAAUUAUUACAGGCAAUAUCACGAACUCUGACUUUGCGUCCCUCGCUCGAAUCAUUCCAUUCUGGUGCAAGCGAUCGGCUAGCUCUCCACCACUAUCCAGAAGUGCCAGACGCUUUAGAGAGGAACCCUGCACAUCGGGAUUGGGGCCUUUUGACGCUUCUUAUGCACGAGGAUACGGGCAGAAGCAAUGGUUUGGAAAUUGCUGAGUUCCCUUAUCCCCGCCAAGGGGGCCGACCGGCCAACAGCGCAAAGUUCAUCUCCGUCAACCCGGGGAGAGAUGAGAUUACCGUACUUCUGGGUAACAUGCUACCAAGACUAGCCAGACUCCAUCAAUGGAAAGACGUUCCUUCUUGUGUACACCGAGUUUCCGGUUCCGGAGAUCGGUACAGCAUCGCAUAUUUUGUCCAUGCCGACGAUGACUUGCUAUUGGGCGGAGACGGCACCACCGCUCGAGAGCAUAGGGAAAAUUGGGAAUCACGGUCCAAGGUACAGGACUAGAGUUUGACGACUGCUGGAGAUUUUCUUUAUAUUAACGCCUUUGACCUUGUCGUAUAUUAGCCGGAUUCACUGUAAUUGUGCCAAGAACUGCCA